GUUUUUAAUCCUGAAUAUGGGUCAGAAUUGAUCCUAAAAUUUCCAAACAUAACUUAAAUUUAAGCAUCUUUUCAGCGGUGGGUAGCUGGUUGAAUUAAUUUUAAGAGCCAAUGUAUUGCAUUUUUCAAAUCUCCCUGUCGCAUAUCCUGGAUCUGCCUAGGAACCUAUUAAUAAAUGACUAAUUUAAAUCAGAUAGGGUUAGGGUAGGAAAAGCACUAAAACAUCUUAUACAGUGGCCAUCAUAGAUCAGAGCUGUCCACUUCCAAAAGUAUGUGUACCCUUAGGAGUGAGCUUAUUUCUAUUUAUUUUGUCAGAAUAAUUACUCCUAUGUUAAUCAAUGACAAUACUAGCGUUUGGAAAGUGUAUUCACAAAACCUAAAUGGAUGUCCUUCUUCCCCCCCAUUGUCCUUCUCUCAUUUCCUUGGAAGGAAUGGCCUUAAGUCUGAAAACCUUGACCGUCUUUGCCCUUGUAGUGACUGUGCUUAUUUUGGAAACAAGGAACCGUAACUUUCAGUUGCACUUUCCUGCCCUGGAUUAUCUGGUGCAGGAAGGAGAACACAUUCUUCCUCACAUACGGCAGGAAAGAAGUGUGCUUUCAGACUCCGAGAUUUACUCAGCAAACAUUUUAUUAAAUGCAUCGAACGUGGAAACCUAUGAGCAGCUGCUGUCAACCCUGAACACCACCAGUUAUCCUCUCCAGCUUGAUAACACCACAGAGAUCCAGGAUAUCACUGUUACAACAGUUUGUGUCUCCACUGUAACUGGUUUCCAGUGUGAGUGUGAAGAGCAGUUUGCUUGGCCGUACAGCACCUGCAUCGCAUAUGGAGCUUGUGAUUCCAUAUCCAGCGGCAUCUGCAAAUGCAUCUCAGCGAUCCCAGCUGAUGGCUCUUCCUGUCAGCUGAUCUCAGAGCUGCUGGUUCAAACUGAUUAUGUGAUAGAUCUGGAGCUGAAUCUAACGGACAUCACAACAGUGGACUUCCUUAGACACCUCCUGAGCAGUGCCAGCAAUUUUCGAACCCAGAGUCCAACAGUGAAUGUCACACAACUUGACCUCUCUACAGUUUGUUCUCCAAUCAGUGGUGAUUACCAGUGCAGAUGUGAGGAUCAGUAUCGUUGGCCAUGUGACCAGUGUGUAACAUAUGGAUCAUGUGACAACAUCACUGGUGACACAUGUGGAUGCAUCAGUGGCAUUCCUGUUGAUGGACAGUACUGCCAGGCUGAGGAUCAAUACAACUUUACAUCAUGUCCUGCUACAACACACACUCCAGAGCUGCUGGUUCAAACUGAAUAUGUGAUAGAUCUGGAGCUGAAUCUAACGGACAUCACAACAGUGGACUUCCUUAGACACCUCCUGAGCAAUGCCAGCAAUUUUCGAACCCAGAGUCCAACAGUGAAUGUCACACAACUUGACCUUUCUACAGUUUGUUCUCCAAUCAGUGGUGAUUACCAGUGCAGAUGUGAGGAUCAGUAUCGUUGGCCAUGUGACCAGUGUGUAACAUAUGGAUCAUGUGACAACAUCACUGGUGACACAUGUGGAUGCAUCAGUGGCAUUCCUGUUGAUGGACAGUACUGCCAGGCUGAGGAUCAAUACAACUUUACAGCAUGUCCACGAACAUCAACAACGGGGGUACCAACAACUGACACAACCUCACCAGAGAUUACUACAACACCUGGAACAACAGCCAUGAAUACUACAACACCUGGAACAACAGCCAUGAGUACUACAACACCUGGAACAACAGCCAUGAAUACUACAACACCUGGAACAACAGCCAUGAGUACUACAACACCUGGAACAACAACCAUGAAUACUACAACACCUGGAACAACAGCCAUGAGUACUACAACACCUGGAACAACAACCAUGAAUACUACAACACCUGGGACAACAAUGGUUAAUGCUACAACAGUUGUAUUAGGUACAAGUGUGAUGCCACAAAACACAACAAUGACUCCACCUACUCCAGUCCCGUCAACUGUUCUCCCGACAACCAGUGCUACAAUUACUACCAUCCCCACUACUACUAUCCUUAUUACAAAUCAUACCACCACUGUUCCCACCACACACCAGACAACAACUACCCCAUCUCUCCCUAUGAGUGCAACAAACAUGACUACUGCCAUCACAAAAACACAAAGUACUUCUGCUCAACCCAGUACAACUGUUAUAUUCGAUACAAAUACUACCCUGAACUUGACCAAUAUUAUUACUACCAAGGCCCCCACACCUGCUACCAGUGUUACUGUUACCACAGUUGCUUCAUCUACUGUCUCGACCACCACUGUCACCCUACCUCCUUCACCUACACCAGCAGCAACUGAUAUUAAAAGGUCAAUGAGAUUAAAUAAGGAUUUUAUACAGGACUAUAAUAAUAAGAGCAGUUCUAAAUACAAAGAACUUGAAGGACAAUUUAAUGGACUGCUUUCACAACAGUAUAACAUCAAAAAUGGAGUCAUUGCUGCUUUUGUGACUGACAUCAGACAAGGAAGUGUUAUUGUGGACUUUACUAUCAGGACAUUUGAAUAUACCACUCAGAUGGCUGAGGCAAAUGAUAAACUCAUUACCGCCAUUGAAAGGGAAAUUGCUCCUGUUCUGGAUGGAAAAGUUCCAGAAGUCCAAAGUGACACACCAUUGACCUUAAGCCCUGAGGUCAUCUAUACUGAUGAAACCAUGACACUGACAUGUGCCCCCCCUGGUUUUAAUUUAGAAGACGGGUUUAGUGUUAAAUGGAAAUUUAAAGGGUUGGUACUUUCACCAUCACGCAGACAUACAAUUUCUUCCAAAUAUCCAUUCACACUGGUUAUUGCCCAAGUGAUUCCUUCUGAUGCAGGGACUUAUGAAUGCACAUCAACACGAAAUGAUAUUAUUGUCAAUCAGAAAAGGGAUGUGUUGCCUAGUAACAUCAGAUCUGCUCCCGUUAUCAGUGUCAGUCGUACAGUUCUUGCUAAAUGUGACCAAGGGAAGAGUGUACCACUUAAGUGCUGUGUCCAGUCCCCUUUCAAACUCAAGUGGUAUGCAGGAAAUACACCAUUACAAUCAGGUUCAACCCUGAACUGCAUCACUUAUCAAUAUCCGAUGCAAAGCUGCACUCAAGAACAGAAAGCAACAUUCACCUGCAAAGUUGACAAUCCGCCGGGUUAUGAAGAAAAAACAGCGUUGACUGUUUUUCUCAGUCCUAUUAUCUGUAAGGAUGCUGAGUAUGGAGAAGGAAGAGUAGAUGACAUAAAGGAAGGAAACUGUGAAGAAGGACAAACAGGAACCAAGACUGCAGUUUGUUUGGCUUCAGGAACCUGGAAACUUGUGAAAGACACCUGCAUUAUAACCAUAAUCAAAGAUUUGCUAACUGAGUCAGUGGAUCUGAAAAAUGAAGAAGUUCCAGAAUUUACAGGGAAUUUAACUAAAGCUGUCAACGAGAAAGAACAAGAAGUCACUCAGUCACCUGCAACAAUCUCUGCCAUUGUCAAUAUAUUAAAUACCAUUGCACAAGUUUCAAAUGAUGUAAAAGAAGAUGUCAUGCAGAAUGUACUGGAAACUGUUGAUGUCCUCAUUAGUGACAAUGCAAAAGAAUCUUGGAGCUUUCUGAAUACAGGUGAAAACCAAAAUUCCAGCUCACUAUUGCUGUUUUCAAUGGAGACAAUUUCUGAAAGACUGAAUGGUUCAUUUACAAUAAUUACUCAACGGAUUCAGCUCAAGAGAACCAAAUUCACAGACUCGUUCAAUGAUGAACUGAACUCCACGGUUACCAUAGAAAUUCCAGAAACAGGUUUUGACAAUACAUUUAUCACCACUAUUCUUUUCUCCUCCUUGAAUAAUGUUAUGCCACCACGGACCUCUGCAUUUAACUUCAGCCUUUUUAAUGAAACCAGCAAUGAAACUUACCCCGAGAAUGUCAUCAAUGCUGCUGUUCUGCUUGUCAAAAUAAAUGAAGCAGUUCACAAUGUCAGCUUAAGCUACAACAAGCUCAAUACCACUCUGGAACUGAACCCUCAGUGCGUCUUCUGGAAUUUUACUCUCUUAGAUAAUCUUGGUGCCUGGGAUGACAAGGGCUGUAAGUUUGUUUCUGAUAUAAACGAUACCGUGACCUGCACCUGCAACCAUCUCACAUCGUUCUCAAUUCUGAUGUCAACUGGCAUCCCUGAAAAACUAAGAACAUUACUGGAUAUAAUGACAUAUAUCGGAGUUGGAAUAUCAAUGGUCAGCUUAGUUAUUUGUCUCAUCAUUGAAGGAAUUGUAUGGCGACCCCUUACCAAAAACAGCACUGCCUUUAUGCGCCAUGUUGCCAUUGUUAACACAGCCCUGUCCUUGCUGAUUGCUGACAUCUGUUUCAUCAUUGGAGCCGCUAUUUCAAAGAACCCCAAAGAAAACCCAGACGAGGACUACAAAGUUCCAGUUGGACCAUGCAGUGCAGCAACCUUUUUCAUGCACUUUUUCUAUCUCGCCAUGUUCUUUUGGAUGCUCGACUCAAGUCUGCUGCUCUUGUAUCGGUCAGUCAUGGUCUUCUCCCAAAUGUCCAAAUGGACCAUGUUCGCCAUUGGCUUGACUGUGGGAUAUGUUUGCCCUCUGAUCAUUGCUGUUACUACAGUAGCUGCCACUGCACCUGGACGUGGAUAUGUAAGGGAAGAUCAAGCUUGUUGGCUAAACUGGACAAAGACCAAGGCCCUCCUGGCCUUAGUGAUCCCUGCCUUGGCCAUAGUUGUGUUCAAUAUUUUGGUCAUUCUGGUGGUUUUGUACAAGAUGCUCAGAAGACGAAGCACUGGAAACCAAGCCCAGGCAGAUGAGAAAAAUGCCCUGCUAGUCAUUUUAAGAUGUGUGGCUAUACUGACUCCAUUAUUCGGACUGACCUGGUGUUUGGGAAUUGGAACCAUGGUGGACCCAACAAAUGGAGGGAUCCAUGUUGCUUUUGCUUUCUUCAACUCAUUGCAGGGUUUCUUCAUUUUAGUGUUUGGGACAUUAUUCGAUGCCAAGAUCCGCUCUCUUGUUUUGCGACAAGUCCCUGCAUUAAGCACUACUUCUAAUCGCACAAGGAGCACGAGUGCAGGAACUUCCUCCAGUGGUGCAGAAAACGUCAUAAACCGAAUUUUUCGGAGAAGGGGGGUGUACCGUGUUUCACCAGUUCCAAACACAAGCAGCAACACUGACUCCUCACAGUCAUACAGCAACAUCUAAAUCAGUUCAAAUCAUGUCUGCAGAUUUACACACAAAAUUCCUCAUUUUUUGUUGUUAAUUUAUUUGCAAACGCUGCUUUUUAAAGAUAGAAAAUGAUAUGAUGCUGUAAAUACUCCAUGCUCAGUUCCACAAACUUAUGAAGGAAACUGAAAUAGUAUUUUAACACAGUGGCACAUCUCUUGUUUUUACUACAUGUCCCUUUACUGCUGUUUCUGUCUUGAUAUUGUGAAGCCUACAGUUUCACAGUCAGUGUAUGAGAGUUUUUACAGUGCAAUGCAGAGAGAUGAAAAGAAGGAAAAUAAUAAUUUCCACCCCCCUGAACUUUUCCAUUAAUGUUACACAAGAUCAUUUCAUGGAUGAUUGAAAUAAAAGUUAUAUAAAAUAUGACGACAUAAAAACAGUCACAUUAGGGAUUGCACUUAAAACUAAAGCAAUGAUACAAUGGUGCCCCUUUAGAACAUGGAGCUAAAAAUAAUAUUUUUUAAAAAUGUUGAAGGCUAAUUCAAAAGCUGAGUGAAAUUUUAAUCUCUACAGAAGUUCACAUGAAAUAUGGAUAUUGGUUUGAUUCCUAUGCAAAGAUGUGGACAUUAGAUGAGUUUGACAUGGGUGAUGAUUAAGAACAUUUUAUCAGAAAAGCUGCAGAUCCCAAAGGGUUGAAAAUAAAACAGUUAAUGAAGUGAAAGCUUAAUGAACAAAAAACUUGUUCUCUUUUAUCCCACACUGAAUGCACACAGUAUGAUCUGCUGGGCAGUUGUAGCAAAUGUUUGACUCAGUGGCUGCAGUAAAUAAAGUUACUUUUCUUGCUUUCAGUUGGAUCAGAGUAUUUUCCUCAACCUCUUUUUUUAUGAAAACUAUAUAGCGCCUUUUUCUGUAAUGCAACUUUUAUGAGAAAACUUGCAGAAGAACUUUUCCCAUAAUAUAUUAACAUGUCCUAAUGAAAAUGUGUUACAGUUGCAUCUGCUUAAAAUAUUAUGUAUUUUUUGUGGAAUCAUAAAUUAAACACUUUGAAACAA